ACAUUAUCCAUAAACCCGUGUUCUCUGCUCCAUUCGAAAUUCCAGCUUAGGAGGGAGCAUGGCGUCGACGGCCAUGGCGACAAUUCCUUUGAAUUUCCGGCAUUUCCAAAACCCUAGACAGAUCUCCGUUCGUUGCGGCUGCAGCUGCAAUCAAAUCAUGAAACAUCGCUUCAUGCAGCAGAAUCUUCGCCUCGGAGUUGUUCGAUUUAGGAGCAAGUCAAUAUCUGCAGUUGGUUCAGGGCUGGAGACAUCUGUUUCUGAUCCGGAUGACAAUGCAUUGAUCUUGAAAGAUGCUAAGGUUACUGUAGAAUCUCGAAGCCAAAAUAACGUACAGGUAAGAGUGGACUUGACUGCCAGUGAUACACAGAAGGUGUUUGAUAAGAUUUUGGCAGAUUUAGCACGAACAGCACCACCAGUUCCUGGAUUUCGUAGGCAGAAAGGCGGUAAUUGUUGAAGUUGCAUCAAGUUCAUUUUCUGUCAACAUCUAGUGAUCAAAUUCAAUCCUUAAAUUAUGCUCCUCCUUGUUAGUGACAUGUGGAUGAACUUAUCCAGCCUGAAUUCUGUUCUGACCAUAUUUAUUUUGCAUUUCUGCUAAGCUAAUGCAGGGAAAACAUCAAAGGUGAGUGGCUUGUCCUGAGUUUUGGAUAACAUUAUCAAUCCUUUGAUCUUUAGAUAAGUUCUAUUUCCAUUAUCUUUCAAUUGAGUUCAUUUCUCAACUUAUGGUAUAAAGAAAAAAAUCAUAAUUGCAAGGUGCGCUGUGUGUUUGUUGAAAAUUUUCAUUCACCAUAUCUUGCAAUUUGGAACUUGUAUUUGUCUGCAUGAAUGCAGUCUUUUAUUCUUGAAAAUUUUUCAUCUUAGAUUUUCUAUAUUAAAGGUUAGCUAAAAUAUGUUGCAAAUGAUAUCAUGUCAGAGAAUUCUUGUUUACAGCAUGUAAAUCCUUUAUCACUAGUUCCAGCUAGAUUGUAUGGUAUGUAGAGACUGGGAACUGAAUCCUAGACUUGUGGCUAAGAGCAUAGGCAACUCUACCACCAAACCACAUGGUUGAUGGUGAUGCCAGCAAGAUUUUAAGUGCAUAGAAAAGUUUAU